AUGAGUGAAUGUAGUUCAAAGUCCAGCCGUUCCCUAGCCUCCAAGCAGGAGAAAGACGGGUCUGAGAAGAGACAGCGGGGCCAACCCCGCAAACAACCCCCGAAGGAACCCACUGAGGCACCAACUCCCAAGAGACUUCGGGGCAGACCAAAGUGGAGUAAGAACCAGGGGGCUACGAUGGGCCGGAAAAACACCACUGCACCAGGGAGGAAACCAAGAGGGAGACCCAAAAAGCUGGAGAAGGAAGAGGAAGAAUGCAUAUCCCAGGAGUCUUCGGAGGAGCCGCAGUAA